ACCAGGACUCCCUCUGACCAAUGAGGAGGCGGCUUAUUUUGACCAAUCAGGGGAGGGCUGCCUGGAAGUGACGCUGUGCAGCUUGGAUCUUGGAGAAACAGGCAAACGUCGGUACGCUCCGUGUUCAAUUGCAUUUCAUCGUUCAAGCGAGUUUCAGGCUGAAACAUGGCUCGUACCAAGCAGACUGCACGUAAAUCUACGGGAGGAAAGGCCCCCCGAAAGCAGCUGGCCACCAAAGCUGCACGUAAAAGUGCCCCAUCUACAGGAGGAGUGAAGAAGCCUCAUCGUUACAGGCCUGGUACUGUUGCCCUCCGAGAAAUCAGGCGUUACCAGAAGUCUACUGAGUUGCUGAUCCGCAAGUUGCCCUUCCAGCGACUUGUUCGUGAAAUCGCUCAGGAUUUCAAGACAGAUCUGCGUUUCCAGAGUGCUGCCAUUGGGGCUCUUCAGGAAGCCAGUGAGGCCUACUUGGUUGGUCUCUUUGAAGAUACUAACUUGUGCGCCAUUCACGCCAAGCGUGUAACCAUCAUGCCGAAGGAUAUCCAGUUGGCCCGGCGAAUCCGUGGAGAACGUGCUUAAGUUACAGGCAGCUUUUCUUUUUAAAAUUUUUUGUUUUUAUAUCACUAUGUGGGAUGAAUGUCGACAAUGAUGACGACUCCCGAGGACUUGUGUCUUCUUAUAGUUCAAUCGGACAUCUACUUUCACUGCCAGGGAGUUUUGGAGAUGAUUGUCGAGGAUAUAUGAUGUUUGGUUUUUAAGACUGGAUUCAAUUCUUUAUUCAGUGUGUGUGUUUGUAGUGUUCUAAGUGCUUUAUAUGCCCUUUGAAACUGAGGCCAAUUGUUCCAAGCCCAUUAACUUUUCAAUUUUGACGCGUUAAAUUCAAUACCAGUAAAUCAAAUUCAAUUCUAACAAUGUUACAGGCCCAAAUUUGAAUCAAAAUUUGUGUUGUAUGCCAUUACAUACAUGCACAUGUCAUUUGCUCUAGAUUUCUGCACCUGAUUCUUAACUUCCUGAAAGGCAUGCAUGAUCUGUAGUUCUUUUAGUUGGCUUAUCUCGGGUCUCAAAACAUUUGCAUUAAUAUACCUCAAUAUAAACAUUUUGUAAUUCUGUUCUACAUUUUGUAUAGAAAUGUUAGUGGUGCAUUGUGUUGCGCUCAUGUAACACUUUUUAUUUAAUUAAACUUAGGUUACCUUA